AAGCUGAUAUCACGUCAAAAUAACAGCUGUUUGGAUUCAAUAAAAAACAACAUUACAAUCAGUUUGGCAGGUAAAAACCAUCCAAUAUUAUUGAUGUUUAAUUAUUAUGUUGGUGUUUUGUUCUUUAAACAGUUUAUUGAUUAAUUUUGCGUGAUACUAUCUUAGCGGGUGUGAUCUAGAAAACUACAUUUAAUCAUGGCUGAAAGAAAAGCAACAAAUAAAUAUGUACCAGCGGAUUUCAAUCCAGCUAAACAUAAAAGUGUCAAUAAGUACCGUAACAGUCAUCCAUUGCGAGAAAGAGCCCGAAAACUAGAUCAAGGAAUCUUAAUAAUAAGAUUUGAAUUACCGUAUAACAUUUGGUGCGAAGGUUGCAAUAAUCAUGUUGGAAUGGGCGUCAGAUAUAAUGCUGAGAAAAGCAAAACUGGAAUGUAUUAUUCGACACCUAUCUACAAGUUUCGGAUGAAAUGUCAUCUUUGUGAUAGUCAUUUUGAGAUGCAAACAGAUCCAGCCAAUUUAGACUAUGUUAUUUUAUCGGGUGCUCGUAGACAAGAGAAUCGCUGGGAUCCAGGUGAAAAUGAGCAGAUUGUCACAGAAGACAAGAAUGAUAUUAAGAAAUUGGCCACUGAUGCCAUGUUUAAACUUGAGCAUGAUACUGAAGAUCGAGAAAAAAUAACCAAACUUGAACCAGUUAUUGAACAGUUACAUGAUUUGCAAGAAAGGUGGAAAGAUGAUUUUUCAGCCAAUCAACUCUUAAGAAAGAGUUUAAGAGUUCAGAGGUCUAAAGAUAAAAAAGAUAAAGAAACAGAUGAUGCACUAACAAAAAAACUAUCAUUGGGAAUAAAAUUAUUACCGGAAUCACCCCUUGACGCUAAGCUUUCAUCCCUGAUUAGAUUGGAACCUUCUGAAACUUAUUUGGAAAAGAAACAAGCUACUAGGGAUAGAAUCGUUAAUGAACCAAUAUUCAAACCAAAUGAAGAUCCACAACUGAGCAAUAAACUAAAUAAACAAUUUCUUGAAAUUGCUAAAUCAUUGGCAUUAAAAAAGGCCGAAGUAGAAAUUGUAAGUUUAGAUAAAAACAAAUUAGGAAUUUCUUUUUGCAAACCAACGACAAGCUCAUCUCAUUCUACACCGCCAAGUUCUCUUGUUCCCUACACUAGUGAUCAAAGUGAUUCUGAUUAAUCUUGAUGGAUCUAACAGAAAGAUUGACAGAACAAUUCAUUGCUUUGCAGGAUUCAUUUUUGUAUCUAUAUUGUAUAUUUUCAUUUAAUAAAACAAUUAAAGUUAAUUUGAAAUGA